AUGUGUCAACCAACCCGUGAUAUUGACAAAAGUGUUCCGACAAAAAGAUCAAGGCAAGUCCUUAGCUUGUGGUCACUAACUCAUCACUCAUGGCCUGCAUUACUUUUAGCCUUUGUUGAUAUGCUCAAUUCGAUGCGUUUUGGGAAACUUGACCCAAAAUCUGUCGAGGCAUUCAGGAAAUUAUCACGACCUGUCAAAUACACUGAUGGAAUUGGUCCAACGCAACUAUAUCCAACUCGUAAAGAAGUUGACUUAGCAAAUAGUCAAAGACUUCGAGAGCUGCCGGAUCAAAUUAUCAGGUAUCCAGCAGCAGAUAGUCCGGGUCGUGACUCUAACGGAAGACCCAUAUCCCAUGAACAAAUGGGCCGUCUCCUCGAACGUCU